GAAGCCUCUAUAAAAAAAGGGGUAGGCUUAGUGCGUACGUUUUAACUAUUUAUUCAUAGAGAGAAAGCUAGGAAGAGAGAAAGAAGGAAAAUAUUGAAGCUCUUGCAAUUCUCAUGAACUGUGGAGUCGUGUUGGGUUUCUAUUGUUGGGGUUGGGAGUUCUUAACUGCCCUUCUUCUCUUCUCUUCUCAUCAACCUUAUUGAUCAUUCUCUUCAUCCUCCUCUUCUUCUUCAAAAACCAAUUUCUUUUUAUAUAUAUACAAAUAAGGAAGACAUCAAAGAAAAAAAUAGCAAAAUAUUUUUUUAAAAAUAUGGAAGGAACAAGUGAAAAGGGGUUGUGGGAAUGUGGAAGGAAGUGCACUCCACCACCGUUUUUGUUGAAGACUUAUAUGCUCGUGGACGAUCCGGCCACGGACGACGUCGUUUCAUGGAAUUCCGAAGGGACGGCGUUCGUGGUGUGGCAGCCAGCGGAGUUUGCUCGUGAUCUCCUCCCAACACUCUUCAAACACAGCAACUUCUCUAGCUUUGUGCGCCAGCUCAAUACUUAUGGCUUUCGUAAAAUUGCAACAAGCAGAUGGGAGUUUUUCAAUGACAGGUUCAAGAAAGGUGAAAGAGAACUUCUACAUGAGAUUCGGCGAAGAAAAGCUUGGACCAGCAAGCAACAACCAAAGGCACCAAACCAAGCAACACUCCAAGACUCUGAUGAAGAUCAAAGGUCCUCAUCAAUCUCAUCAUCUUCUGGUUACACUACCCUUGUGGAUGAAAACAAGCGACUCAAGAAGGAGAAUGGGGUGUUGAACUCUGAGCUCACAAGUAUGAAAAGGAAGUGCAAGGAACUUCUUGAUUUGGUUGCCAAAUAUUCAUCACAUGCAAAAGAGGAGAAAGAGGAUGAAAGGCCAAUGCUGUUUGGAGUGAGAUUAGAUGUUCAAGGAGAGAGGGAGAUGAAGAGGCAUAGAGCUGAGAUGAGUGAAAGCGCAAGCAUUAUGUUGUCUCAGUCAUGCAAAUAGCUAGACAUGUUAUUAUACAUAGAAGCUUAAGAGUAUUCAGUAUAGAUACUGAAAAAGUAAUAAUCAAAUAUUUGGAAGUCAUAUAUUUGAUUAAUUAAUGGAUAGUUAGGCUUGCAAAGAGUAUUUUCGCCCUAGUUUGUAGUUACUUUGGAUAUCAUAUUGGAUGCAUCAAGGAACUAAUUAAGACACCUCAAGCAUAUAUAGCAUAUGCUGUAAUUAUAUAUGUAGUGUGAUUCAGAACCGAUGAAACAUAAUUUAUGUAAGCUUAAGCGGGUAUCAAUUAGUUCAUUGUUGUC